AGUGUGUGCGGGACUGUCAGAGUCAGUGAGUUCCGAUCACUAAGGAAGGACGGAUCCCCGGGCUGGACAUUUGGUUACAUUGUUUACACACUACGCGGAGACGUUUUGCCCCCUUGCUUGUAUUGCUGUGGAUUGUGUAUCUCGGAGCAUGUCCUCUAUCAGUGACGGAAGUACGGAUGCCCUGGUGGCCCGCUUUAAGCUGCUGGAGGAGACGGUGGACAAGCUGCACCGGGAGAACCGGAGCCUGACCGCCAAGCUGAAGAGUUACAACAUGCUGAGCACCUUCUACCAUGAGGCCAGGCAGCAGAACAAGACCCUCAACCGACAGCUGGCCGACAAGGAGGUCCUCAUCACCCGACUCAGGGAUGGAGGACAGUACACCCCUAGCAAGGGUCUGGAGGAGCAUCUUCUGCUGGAGCCAUCCAAGUCCCUGGUGGACAGUCUGGUGGGACAACUGAGCAGUAUGAGGAACCAGCUGAAAGAGACCGAGAGGAUCUGCCAGGAGAAAGUGGGGACCCUCAACCAGGAAAUCCAGAGGCUUCACCAGCAGCUAGAGGAGAGAGACCAGCAGAUAGAGAAGGUGUCCAGUUGGCCGUCACAUGAGAAAGAGAUGGAAAUCUUCCGUCUGCAGCGGUCGCUGGCAGAGAAGGAGAGAGUUCAGGCUACGAGUGAGGUCCUGUGCCGCUCUCUGUCUGAUGAAACCAACCAACUGCGGUGUAAGCUGACUGCCACGGCGGAAAUGUGCCAACAACUUGUUACCUGCCUAGAAGAUGCCCAUCGGAAAAAUGGAGGGCCACCACAAGAGCAGCAGAAUCUGAACAAGGACAGUGAGAAUGAAGCAAACCUGAGCAAGUUACAGGAAGAAAACCGUUUAUUAAAACAGAAAGUGACACAUGUGGAAGACUUGAAUGCCAAGUGGCAGAAGUAUGAUGCCAGCAGGGAGGAGUACGUGAAGAGUCUCCACCAACAACUGAAGGAGAUGAAGGCGCAGAGGGAACAUACGAAGAAUACACACUCCGCACACAAACACCCAGACCUCUUACAGAAGGAGAUCUCAAGACUCAACAGGCAUCUGGAAGAAAAGAUAAGUGAGAACACCAAACUGCAGCAAGAAGCCACUGAGAUGGCCAGCACCAGGAUCGCUGCCCAGGAGAGGAUACAAAUGUUGGAACAGCAGUUGGUAGUCUACAAAGAUGACUUCACAUCAGAGAGGGCAGAUCGGGAGAGAGCUCAAAGCCGCAUUCAGGAGCUGAUCGAUGAGAUUUCAUGUUUACAGAAAAAGGGAAGGAGACAGGAUGACAAAGAUGUUGGUAGCCAGUUCCAAAUUCACAUCGGUAACCGCAACAAAAUGUACGUUCAGAAAAAACCUGAGCCUCUGCGUGGCCUUACCGCCGAGCAUUCUGAAAACCGAAGACCGCUUUCCCCAGCAAACACCACGGAACGACAGCGAAGCCCUAGCUCUGAACAAAGAGGACAGGAUGAGCUACAGUGUCCCCGGUGCCAGCAAGUUUUUCACGACAGACUAGGGGAGAACUUUCUAGAACACAUCGCUGAAUGCUGCCAGUGACCAGCACUUUUUGUACUUUUGUACCAAUCUGAUCACUACAAUCCACAGGCUUUGGCUGCCUGUGAUCAAUAUGCUGCUAUCAGGCUGGGACUAAAUCCUGGGACUCCUAGGCACAUGCUUGGGACCUAAAUGUGUUAGGCAGAAGCAAUAUAGCCACAGUGCUGCCUUUCACAAUGCUGAUUCUUUGCCAGUACAGAGGAUGGAAACUGAUACUCCAUAGAAGUGCCUUAGUAGGCCUAUAGCUGCACAAGCUAUACAGUUUUGCUGUGUUCCUAACGAGUAAUAAUAUAAAUACUGGGUGCAGAAGUAAGUAGUACACUCAGGGAUCUAAUACAACCCUUUGUGCUUGGAUGCCUGCAGUGCUCUGAGAUAUACUGUGACUUUGUCUGUGAGUGUUUAGGGGAGUGAAUUGUAGGGAUAUGUAAAGACCUUUAGUAAAAUUAUUCAGUAUGGAGUGAUGAAGUGAUAUAACCUAUUGCCACGUACACACGAUCGGAAAUUCCGACCAGAAAAGCGUGGAUUUUUUUUCCGACUAAAUGUUGGCUCAAACU